GGGAUGAGACCAUCCUUGCUCUCUCUAAAUUUUCCACCCGAACCUCUCACCGUCCGCCUAUUAAAGCCCCACAUUUCUUCUCUUUCUAAUUCUGCCCCAUCACCACCAUUAACAAAUCCCUCCAAUUUUCCCUCCUUUUCUCGGUGCAAACACACCACCCACUAACCUCCAACACCACAACAACUGCAGCAGAAGAACAAAAUUUGAAUCAUGGGCACUCUGGUUGGCCAUGUCGCUCCUGGUUUUGGCUUCUUGCUGAUUGGUCUGUGGCAUCUCUUCAACCACAUGAAGCUCCGUGCUGUUAAUUCCAGUUCCUAUGUUUCUCCUCCAUGGUUUCCCGCCACAAAGUUCAAGUACCUUGAGCUUCUUCUCAUCAUGGCAGGCUCCUUGGCCUCCAUAUCCAUGGAGCUCUUCAUUGGCCCCGAACGCCACCAGCCCUUCGACUCCGACGGCACCAUUCCCUCCUACCAUCUCCACAAUUUCGAGCACUCUUCCAUCUCCAUGACAUUCUUCGUCUAUGCCGCCUUCGCCGUCGUCCUCGACCGAGCCACCUUGCCGGAGAAGGCCAAACUAGGGCUGACUCAGCUCCUAGGCGCCGUCGCCUUUGCGCAGCAGCUCCUCCUCUUUCACCUUCAUUCCGCCGACCACAUGGGACCGGAAGGUCAGUACCACCUUCUGUUACAGCUCGUGAUCGUCGUCUCUCUGUCCACCACUCUCAUCGGAAUCGCCCUCCCCAGGAGCUUCCUGGUCAGCUUCGUGAGAUCUGUCAGCAUAUUUUUCCAAGGCGUGUGGCUCGUCGUCAUGGGCUUCAUGCCCUGGACUCCUGUGUUGAUACCCAAAAGGUGUUUCAUGAACCAGGAGGAGGUCACCGGGGCGGUGAGAUGCUCCGGCGACGAGGCUCUUCAUCGCGCAAAGUCUCUGGUGAACAUCGAAUUCAGCUGAUACUUGAUCGCCAUAACCGUAUUCGCCAUGUCUCUGCACUUAAUCAUGGUCAAAGCUUAUGGUGAAAAGCCGCAGUAUUUCAUGCUGGGGGCGGAAGGGAAGAAGGAGAAGACCGUUUAACGUUGCAAGCAACUGUGCUCUUCUGCCCCGGUCACUUGAAGAGUAACUCAUCCUUUUAAAUAUUGUUAUUCUUUAUUUUAAAACAACAAUAAUUGCUUAACCAGAUUUGCCAAAUAAAAUAGGAAAAAUUGGGGAGAAAGUCAAAACUCAAACUCAAAAUGGAUUUAAACACUAGAGGACCACAGAUCUGAAGGGAUAAUGUCUCCUCGCAGAAAUACCAUUUUGUCCUUGCCUAUAUGUGAGUUCAAAUAUAUAUAUAUAGGAAGAAAUUAUAAAAGAUAGAGGAUAAUGUUUACAAUUUAUUCGAAAA